AUGGGCCAACACUCCUUAUCCAAGAAACUCAGGCUGGACAGCGGGGGCCCUAGGACAAAAGCUCGACUACAACCUAUCAAUAAGACCCCUCAGGAACUGUUGCAAGAGCUUAAAGCCAACCGGAGCCUCGAAGCAGGAAACCUGGCCAUUGUCAAGCUCUCGACUGACAACUGGAUGGAUGUAGACGAUGAAGAUUACAACACAUUGCCUUUGCCUCCUCCACCAGGUGAAGAAGGUCUGUUCCAUAGUCAUGCUGGAGACAGUUAUGUGGAAGGUGAAGAUGGCCUUCUGUCCUCUUUGUUUCAAGCACGUGGUGGAGACAGCCGAAUUCGAACAGAUUUAGUUUGGAAACAGGUAGACUCGUGGUAUAAGCAAUUGCCUGUGCUGGUCAAUGCCUAUUUGGAGUUUCAGAACCAAGGGCCACCAACAAAUGCACAGGAAGUGGCAACCUGGCAAAUGCCAACCAUGGAUUUUCACAGUCAUCACAAUCAGACCCUGUUCCACACAAGCCAAUCAACAAGCAUUAACGAAACGCUUGCGCAGAAUGGCCUGCUUGGUGGAAGUCCGGAAAGUCCAAACAUAGCUUUCUCGUUUGGUUUGUUGGAUGCAUUUCGUCAGAUACGUCGUGUAUGCCCAAGGUACAGCGUUGAAGGAUUGGCAAAAUCACUUCAGUAUAUACACAAGCUUCCUGGAGAUCCCCACCUUGAGCGCCAACUUCAAACAACAUACGAUGCAUACCUCAUGAUCAUGCGAGAAGUCUGCAACAGGACUGCCAAAGCACUAUUCCGUGAAGGUUGA